CAAAGUUGUCAAGUUCUAGAAAACAAAUUCAUACAUCUGUUCGCUCUAACAAUAAAUUAGCAAAAACAUUAUUGCAUUUAGUUUUUUGAAAAUUUUUUAAAUAAAACCAAUUGUAAAAAUGACCGAUCCGGGUCAAUGGUAUAGUCAACUACCGCGUUUUACACGCUACUGGCUAACCUGUACGGUUGUGCUCAGUUUGCUAACCCGCUUCAACAUAUUACCAAUGAAUUUGGUAUAUUUACGACGUGAUGCAGUAUUAGGAGAUUUUCAGUUAUGGCGUUGUGUUACAGCCCUUUUUGUAUACCCAUUAACGUCAUCGACUGGGUUUCAUUUCCUCAUCAAUUGCUACUUCAUCUCACGUUACAUAGCACAAUUGGAGAAAGAGCAAUUUGGACGAAGUCCAGCUGAUUAUUUGUACAUGCUGCUAAUAGUAGCUUUUCUAUCAAAUGUUGGUGGUAUGCUAUUCAGUGUAUUUUUCCUUAUGGACUUGCUGGUUGUUUCAACUACAUACAUUUGGUGUCAACUAAAUAAAGAUGUAAUUGUAAACUUCUGGUUUGGCACACGCUUUAAAGCUGUCUAUUUACCAUGGGUGUUGGCCGUUAUGGAACUGGUGUUCCAAGGAUCAUUUGCAUCACUUAUUGGUAUACUUAUCGGGCACUUUUAUUACUUUUUCAAAUUCCAAUAUCCACAAGAACUUGGUGGUAAUGCAUUUUUGGAGACACCAAACCUGCUAAAACAAUAUGUACCAGAUAUAAGUGGUGGAUUCAGCGGCUUUGGUGAACCGCCAGCGAGUCGUGCGCCUCAACGUCCAGCAGCAGGAAAUCCCGUCUUCGGUAACACUUGGGGUCGUGGCAAUCAAUUAGGCCGUUAGCUGAAAAGAGGUAAUGAAGUGGGAUAAAAAUACUUAUACAACUUUUUUAAACGGAGAAAUGUGUUUACGAGAUAUUUGCAACGUAUUUAACAUUUGUGCUCCUAUUCAGUUUACUUUAAGAGUAUCUUUAAUGCACUGCAGCCAUUUUCGGUGUCUCAUUUCUCCUGAUAUUAUGAUGAUAUGUGACUUUAAGUAAACACUCUUACUUCAGCAACAUUAUUUAUACAUUUAGGAUAGAUUUUGGUAUGUAAUGAAAAUUCACGCAAUUGUGAUGGUAUAGCUUUGUAAAUACUAUAUAAUAAAAGAACCAAUCUAUAUAAAUAACAA